UUGUCGGAGAAGAAAAAAAUGGACGUUUGUGAGUUCUUUUUCCAACCAGGACCGCCUGCUCAAACCGGCCCGGAUUAUAAUCGACGAAGAAACCUGGUGUUCGGUGUGUUGAAAGGUUACCACAGUGCACCCAAGGAGUCUGUCUCAAAUUUUCUGAAAAGGCUGGAACGCGUUUUUUUCUUAUGGCAGAACAACUAACGCUCGAGAACUACAAGGCGCAAUUUGACGAGGACGACCCUUUCGACACUGAAGAUAUGGAGGAGGUGAGCGACUCUAAAUCCUUCGAUUUCGAGUCCAUGCUACUUCCUGAGGUGGUUGCACAUGUUGGUGAUGAAGGGAAAGAUGGCUUUCAGAGAUAUGGCACGUCCCCUGCCGGUUUGAAGCGUGUAUUUGAGCGUGGCGCAAUCGAGGAACAAUCGUCUGAUGAUGGGGAAGAAGACAAAGACUACAAAUACACACUUGUUGACAAACUCAUUAAGGACCAUGAUACCUGGGAGAAUGAUAGCCUUUUCUUCUAUGGUAAGUACCACAAGUUCACAGCAGAGGACAUCUGGGGCCACAACGUCGUCUGGCACCCCAGGAAAUUCCAACCUCCUGUAAAGAAUGGAAAGUGGGUCAUGGCAAUAAAUGAAGUCGACGGCAAGUGGAGUGGCUUGAACAGACUGGGAGCGGGUCCAUUUAAGAAAAAGGCCAGAGAAGCUUCAGUGGAGCAUUUGAGUGUAGUAAACCCCGAAAGGAGCCCACAGGGCGUCAAUGCUUAUGCAGGCCAAAAGCACAACGAGCUCUACAACAACAAAAUGUUAGACAUCCGGGAGGUGGUGGAGGAGGUGACGGAGGAGACGGCUCAUGAUCUGGUGGAGGAGGUGACGAAGGAGACAACUCAGGAUAUGGUGCUGACAAAGCAGAGGGGAAGGGGUCGGGCGGAGAAGGUUCUAAAGAAAAGCGAUCUGCCGGAAAGGGGUCAGGCGAAACGUCGUCACGAUCAAAGGGGUCUGACGAAAAAGGGUCCAGCGGAAAGGGGUCGGGUGGAAAGGGGUCGGGCAGAAAGGGGUCGGGCGGAAAGCGUAAAGCUUUCGGGAGUCGCGAGUCUACGGGAUCUGAAAGCCACUGCGAAGGGAGUAGAGAUUCCGACAUGAGUGUUGGAGACCGAGGCUAGCGAGUAUCAAUGUCAUGCUUCGGAGGGUGCAUCUGUCGACUUUGAGAGCAAGAGUACAACAGCUCCGGGGGAAGAGGAGCUCUCACAGGAAGCGCAUGCUGUGCAGCGAGAAAAGAAGACUCAAUAUUGGCGGCCUCACAAAGUGUUGGAGGGGCCGGUUGCAGGAGUGUCGGAGAUCGGUGCUAGCGAGCAUCAAUGUCAUGCUUCGGAGGGUGCGUCCGUUGACUUUGAGAGCAAGAGUACAGCAGCUCCGGGGGAGGAGGAGCUCUCACAGGAAGUGCGUGCUGUACAGUGGGAAGAGGAGGCUAAACACUGUCCGCCUCGCAAAGUGUUGAAGGGGCACGAUGCAGGAGUGUUGGAGACCGGGGCUAGCGAGCAUCAAUGUCAUGCUUCGGAGGGUGCGUCCGUCGAUUUUGAGAGCAAGAGUACAACAACUCCGGGGGAAGAGGGGCUCUCACAGGAAGCGCAUGUUGUGCAGCAGGAAGAGGAGCUUCUCCAGGGCUCAUCACAAAAUACCAUCAACAUCGGGGACACCGAAGAGGUUCUGCACAGUGGAGCGCCACUUACGACGCAAGAGGGUGAUGUUAAGGGAGAAGCUCGACUUCUUGGCGAUGAGGAAGGCGAAGAAGAACCUGUGGUGGAAACUCAGGUUCUUGGCGAUGAGGAAGGCGAAGAACCCAUGGUGGAAGCUCGGCUUCUUGGCGGUGAGGUGUCGGUUGGCAUCCAGGAUACCUUACCGGUUAUGCAUAGUGAGUCUAGGUUGACGAUGCCUCUUCACAUGGAUCCAGAGCAGAAAGAUCAUGAUUCUUCGUCCACCCGCUGCAGUGAAGAACAAAGCGAUCGAGCGUCUGUCCUCAGUACCGGUCAGAAAAUGCUACUUAAUGAAGCCAUCGAGUUGGUUAGCGACUCAGCUGCCAUCGAGCUGGUUAGCGACACCGCUCUAGUCGAGAUGCAGAACAUCGAAUCCUCCGUGGGCGUUGGCACAGUGGCGCGGCAGGAGGCCGAUUUCCCUCGAAAGACUCCCGAGCACGGUACAAUUUGUGAAUAGUAGCACUCACAUAUCUGUCACUGUUCACCUCUCUGGUCAUCCAGAUUGAUAUGAUGGGCUCAUGUAGCUAUUAUCACCUGUUAAAUAAAAGUUUGUGGGUUGU